ACCUAACAGAAUCUGCUCCGUCUCUUCGCCCUUGCCUAUAUACACAGCCACCGUGACUUGCAUAUAUUUACAGCUACGUGUCAUGAUAUGGUUUAGUGCCUUCGCGGGUUGGCGGAAGGUCAGGCGCAAUUGGCACUAUAUAGUUUACCGUCGUUUACAGUUCCCCGUUCCUGAGGCGACUCUUUCCAAUGCUAUAACAAAUACUUACUACAUUCAAGUAGCACAUCAACGUCAGGCACGCUCGUCUCGUUCCGUUCAGAGCCUUUGCAAAAUUUGCUGAACUUUCUUCAAAGCUGGCCGGCCCCACCCAACCAAACGGUUCCUAUUUAGCUCGUCACUUUCGUUCAUCGGUCGCAGCAGAGGACAUCACAAAGCUUCAGAGAUACGUGUCGGGUCUUUCCGGCCCCGCUGCGGGCGGCCUGCACGAUGCGGAGCACCUGGACCACUACCGACGGCGGGACAAAGCCACGGAGCGCUGGAGUGUGGCUGUGUCUCUCGUUACUGGUGGCCGGGACCGCAGCGGAGGUAUACCCCCUGCGGCGGGUGCUGAGUUUGCUGGAUUCCAGCGAACCAGCUACCCCCACAACCCAAUCACCCGGGGGCCAAGCCAUUCCGGAGGGCCUCUUGUCACCCCUCAAGGAGGAGCUCCCGGCACCACUACUCCUGCCGCCCCUGUGGACGCCCUCCGAUUUCGGUUUAGUUGCUCCGGGCUCCCGAAGUAGCCAGAGGGCAUUGAUGUUCCACAAUGGCGAGGAGGAAUAUGACCCCGACCCAGAUCCUACGCCAAGCACGACAGGCCGCAAACCCCUGCGGAAUGACGACUUCGUUUACGUGGCACCCACACAUCCCUACCGCCUGCCUGUUGCGCAAGCCAGCCGGUACUGGCGCAAAGGGAUGCGGGCAGUGUUCGUCACUGACGUCCCGUCGGAGAAGCUGCCGAAGGAGCUGCUGGCCAACUCAGCGGCGCAUCGUGAAGUGUGGACCUGGUACCCCAACUUCCGGCACAUGCCCAAUGGCAAGCGGGAGCACUACACGGAAGGCGACCGCCGCGCCGCCCUGGCGCCGGCGCUCGCAUACGCGGCCCUGACCAGUCCCAGUCUCCUGGCACCUUACACGAACGUGCCCGAGGGGACGGGCAGCGCCUCAACGGCACCCGGGCCGGCUCGCACGGGACCGUCGGUGGUGGCGCCCGCCCGCUCAGAUAAGGGCGGGGUGACGCUGGCGAACAUAAUCGCGGCGCGCAGCACUGCAGCUAUGGCGGCGAUGGGCGUCGGCGCGCCGUUGCUUGCAGCCUCGGUGGAGCAAGCUGCGGAGGCCGUUGCCGCAAAAUUGAACGCGGACGAUCCGGAGGCACCGACAACGGUGCCCGAGAAGGACCCAUUCCAGUGGAUGCUGCUGGGCGACGACGAUACUUUGUUCUUCAUGCGCGGCGUCAAGGCGCUGCUGCGUGACUACGACCCACAGCUGCCCUACUUCAUCAGCGACAGCAUGUACGUAGGCAGCCGCAGUCCGCAGCCGGGCGUGUGGGACAUGCGUUGCUACCCCUGCCACCUGCCCUGGGGCCGCUGGCGUCGGGCUGGCUCACGCCGGCUGAUGGCGGGAGAAAAGCAGGAGGCGGCAGCCGCCUCGGGCGAAGGCUGCGGCUGCAGUGCACAGGCCCUGUGCAAGAAGCGCUUCCCCGGCAACGAGACGCGCUGCCAGACCGAAUGGGAGGGUCCCGUGCCGUACGGUGGUGUGGGCUUUAUCCUAUCCAUUGGGCUACUCAAACGGCUUGCGGCGAUGCAGAACGGCGACGGUUUACACACAUUUGAGAAAUGCAUAAAUGCACCUGAGGAGACCUGCAUGGCCUUUCCGGAAGGCGGCGACGCGUACAUGGCCCGCUGCCUGUGGCGCUUGGGGUUUCCAGUCACAGACCCCGGCUACACGCCCCUCGGCAGGUACUUCGGCGAGAUCCUGACCCCGCAGCAUCUAUACGAGGCGCCCCUAAACCUGACCAAGGGGAUCUUACCGGACAAGGCCAUGGAGCGCUGGUCCACCGCCGUCACCAUGCACCUCAGCGCACGCUUCUUGAAGUCCACAAAGGUCGCCGGCCUGACAAUCAAGUAUAUCUCUGGCGUGUACGAUCUGGUUGGCGAACUUCUGUGGCCUUCUCGUGGCUAAAAGCAGACCUGUGAACCUAGUAUAUUUCUAGCGCUUGAGCAGAUUCAUUUGCUCCCAGAACCCCAAAGCGUAUUUCAUCUCAUAGCAAAGUAGUGUUGCACGGUGUGUUGUUUCAUCGCUGUUUGGUUUGUUGCCUGCUGUGCUUGUACUUGACAGCGGGACGCGGCUGGACACAUGGCGGGCCUGUACGAACUGACCCCGGCUGUGUCCGGGACAUUGGGUACUUUCGUAACCUUCGGCCUCAGACAUUGCGCCCCCGUGGCGUGGGCGCAGCCCACUUUGGCCCUUGAGAGGGGGAGCCGCCUUUCUUGUCAUCUUAAAGUACGGCAUAUACAUGUUAGCAGUUCAUACGGAUGCAGGGCAGGGAGGGGCGGAGCAGGAAAGGGUAGGGCAUGCUACGAGUAUUCUUGGUUGGGGAUAUGGUUUGUAUUGUAUUCAUGGCUUGUAUACUAUUUGGGUUUCAUGUGCACUGAUCAGGGCAGCUCACUAGGCCCUAUGGGGACUGGAUCACUGACUCACAGUGACACCUGACAGUUGUGUAUCAUAUAGCUUGCUGGCAGUUGGCGCGCAUGUGUGGAAUGCGCAUGACAGCCGACAUUACGACAGCACAUGACAGUUGGGGAAUGCAGCAGGUAGCUGAUGAUGGAGCACGUUGACCGGCCUAAGGCGGAGGACUACGCAGAUUUAGUUUGCUUAGUGAGCUGGUAUCGAACCGUCUAGUCUUGCUGCCAUGGCUGCCAGAAGCACUGGACAAGGCGGGUCCCGCGUUCGUGGCCAGACACCAUGCAUGAAAGCCGCGGGCUGGGAGCCUGGGAUGUGUGAGUGCCGUGAUAUUCGGGUGCUCUCACCACUUCUAUUAAUGUUGAUAAGAACUUAAGAAGAUUGGUGGGCUUUGGCGACCGUGUGUCGGGCCGAGUAUCACAAGUCAUAGUACCGGUACGGUAAUGAGUAAUGACUAGGCUGUGGCUUAGCAGCCACUUAUGUCAAUGCUCGUGAUCCUUAUAGCCACGCGCCCGUACGUACAUGCGGGCAUGUACGGACCGUGAUAGCAGCUUGCGUUACUGCAUUCAUAAGCUCAGGGCGUGGGCCAGGGCAGUUGACUUGCUGACAAAGGUUAUUAUAAUCGGGAGCCCUCAC